AAAAGUAAAACCACCACCUCUCCUCUCCACCUCACCAUUGUCACCAUCUCCAAAAUCCCUACAGAACAAAACCCACCCUCCAAAAUCUCUCCAAGACCUUCCUUUCCCCCACAGUGCCUGCAGACAGCAGCAGAAUCACAAGGGGCAAAGAAGAUAAUGAAGUUUGGGAAGGAAUUCGCGGCGCAAAUGGUGCCCGAAUGGGAAGGAGCAUACAUGGACUACAAUCUCCUCAAAACCCGUUUGAAAGAAAUAUUAAGGUUCAGGCAACGAACCAGGCCACCUACAGCUACUGCAGCAACCCGAGGUGGCUUGAAAAGGAAGCUAACUCUCUACAGAGCCUUCAGCGGCUUAACGCAAAGAAACCACACCAGCUACAACCCGAUGUCGAAACCUAACGACGACGAGGACGACGAUGACAUUGAGAGCCAGACCAUUCUGGUCACUGCUGUGAAGAAUCAGAGGGGAGAAGGAGAAGGGUCUCAGAGUUACCAGACAACCUUCUUGAUGGCCUCCGACGAAGGAGGAGAGUACGAGCUGGUCUACUUUCGGCGGCUGGAUGAUGAGUUCAAUAAGGUGAACAGGUUCUACAAGUGCAAAGUGGAAGAGGUGUUGAAAGAAGCUGAUUCCUUGACAAAGCAAAUGGAUGCUUUGAUUGCGUUUCGGAUCAAGGUUGAGAACCCUACUGGGUGGUCUCAUCAUGACAGGAAAGCGCAGAUGACCCGAUUGGCCUCGGAUGUUGCAGCUUCUGCUGCUGCAUUGUCGGCUACCACACCUUCAGAAGCCAGAGCAAGCAGGGCAGGAAAAGUUCAUUUCAUGGAAGCCAUUGAGGAAGGAUCAAUGAGUCACGAGCAAUCGUCAUCCGAUGGCUCGUCGAGCCACGAUGAGGAUGAUGCAGAGAAAGAGGAAGAGAAAACCAAGAACCAAUCAAACAACAACAAUGGCAAUGUGGUGAGACUAUCUCCGCUGGAGGUUUUGGACCACGUGAAGAUGAACAACACCUCUGAGACACCACGAUCCACCAUUAAAGGGUUCCUCAAAGUUCCUCGCCACACUGAGUUGAAAUUUACAAGGGAGAAUCUCAGGAAGGUAGAGGAACGGCUCAAGCGUGCUUUUGUGGAGUUCUACCAGAAGCUUCGCCUUCUCAAGAGCUACAGCUUCUUGAACACGCUUGCCUUUUCAAAAAUCAUGAAGAAGUAUGAUAAGAUUACUUCGAGAAGUGCAUCAGCAGCUUACAUGCGAAUGGUGGAUAACUCGUACCUGGGAAGUUCGGAUGAUGUUACCAGGCUAAUGGAGAGAGUUGAAGCUACAUUCAUCAAGCAUUUUUCGAAUGCGAACCGCAGUAAAGGAAUGAGCAUCUUGAGGCCAAAAGCUAAAAGAGAGAGGCAUAGGACAACAUUUACCAUGGGCUUCUUCUCUGGCUGCGCAGCAGCACUUUUCAUAGCCCUAAUCCUGAUCAUCAGAGCUCGCAACAUCAUGGACAAGGCAGGGAGGCAACAGUACAUGGUGACCAUGUUUCCACUUUACAGUUUCUUCGGCUUCAUUGUUCUGCACAUUGUCAUGUAUGCUGCAAACAUCUACUUCUGGAGGCGAUACAGGGUCAACUAUUCCUUCAUAUUCGGGUUCAAGCCAGGGACUGAAUUAGGGUACCGGCAAGUCCUCCUGGUAGCUUUUGGUAUUGCAGUCCUAGCACUUUGCAGUGUACUCUCAAAUCUCGACAUGGAAAUGGAUCCCGUGACAAAGGAUUAUCAAGCAUUUACUGAAGUCAUCCCUCUGGGCCUGCUCAUUCUGCUUCUGGUCAUGUUGUUUCUGCCAUUCAACAUCCUGUAUCGUUCUUCUCGCUUCUUCUUGCUCACAUGUAUCUUCCACUGCAUCGCUGCUCCACUCUACAAGGUCACACUACCAGAUUUCUUCUUGGGAGAUCAACUAACCAGCCAGGUGCAAGCAAUCAGAAGUCUGGAGUUCUACGUCUGCUACUAUGGCUGGGGUGACUUCAGACGCAGAGAGAACACUUGCACUAGUAGUGGGCUAUUCAACACUUUCAAUUUCAUUGUCGCUGUGAUUCCAUUUGUCGCACGGCUUCUUCAGUGCCUUCGCCGCUUGUUUGAAGAGAAAGAUCCCAUGCAAGGCCUCAAUGGGUUGAAGUACUUUGUGACCAUAGUGGCAGUCACCAUGAGAACAGCCUACGUCUUGGACAAAGGUUUUACCUGGCUUGUACUAGCCUGGGUGUUCUCAGCCAUAGCAGCCAUUGGCUCGACUUACUGGGACCUCGUCUUUGAUUGGGGGCUUCUUCAGCGCCAUUCCAAGAACUGGUGGCUCAGAGACAAACUCUUAGUCCCCAGCAAAAGGGUAUAUUACUUGGCAAUGGUAUUGAAUGUGUUGCUGAGAUUUGCUUGGCUGCAGACGGUCCUCGGCUAUAACCUAGUUCCCCUGCAUAAGCAAACUACGGUUGCCAUUGUUGCAAGCUUGGAGAUCAUUCGUAGAGGCAUCUGGAACUUCUUCAGGUUAGAGAAUGAACAUCUUAACAAUGUAGGAAAAUACCGAGCAUUCAAAUCAGUACCUUUGCCUUUCAACUAUGAUGAAGACGGUGACAAAGAUGAGUAGCUUUGUGUUAACUCAGGCUGUAGGGGGAAAACAUUGUAUUAUUCUGUGAAUGAAUUUUGAUCUGGCGUAAAGUUCGUUUAUUUAUUCAUAUUCAAAGUUUCUUGAAGUGUUCAAGGUUUGUAGAAACAGGGAGUCAUCAGCUUAGCUUCCUAGAAGAAUCAGUUGGUUUCAGAUACUAAUAAUAUGGUCAAACAUUUUGUCCAACAUAAAUUAGA